ACCUAGAGAGUCAGUAAGGCUUAGACCACCACAGAGAGAGGACACACGCCUCUAUCUCUCUGCACACAGCCUUCGGUUCCUCCUCGCUACUGUGACUCAGGCAGGUGGAUAAGGAUAAGAGGGAGACAGAAAGAGUGAGAGAGACACACACAUACAUACUUUCAUCAGUGACAAGAGAGAGAAGAGAGAGAAAGUUGCUACAGAAAGGGUAAGAAUGGCAGGACGAGAAGGAGAGAAGAGAAAAUAAAAACACAUGAAAACGAGGGAACGAACCUGCAAGAAGCCAUCAGACCUAUACGUGGAAGACCCUGAAAGCACGUGGCAGUCUUUCUGUCCCUCUAGACACGUAGCAGUCCAUCAGUCCCUAUAGACACGUAGCAGUCCCUAUAAAAGAUGGCAUUCGUGGAGGACCCGGGAAUGGAGGAGUUUAUGGGGCUCGAUCUGACGGAGCUCAAAGUAGACCAGGCGUACCUGAAGGUGAACUCAGCGUCCGAGGAUAAUUUGACACUGUACAGCCUCAGCCACGCCUGCUACGAGUGCCCCUUUCAGCCCCUCCUGACAGUGAAAGGCAGCAGUGAAAACUCCACUGCCCUCUCCACCCACCACCCCUGGACCUUCCUGCUGUCUGACUCCACUGAGCUCUUCCUUCCAUCUAAUACGUCUGGUCUGUGCAGGAUACAUGGAGCCAACUUGGGGGAGUUUGGAGUGUAUGUUCUGAACCUCACGGCUGAUGGAAACUGCACCUUCGAGAAUCCCAAGAGUCCUGUGUUUGAGUAUGGGGCCAUUGUCAUCUCCAUCGCUGUGUACAUUGGGGUGGCCAUCCUGGGGGCUGGCCUUCUCUACCUAUACCGCCGCCUCACCAGACACCUCGACAGCACUGAGGCCUCCGAGACACAGGUCCAGGGACUGCAGCUGGCAUCCACCCCUGAGGCAGGAGCACUCCCUGGCACUGCCAAGGCACCCGCCAAGCCCCCGGCCAAACCUAGACUGAAAUCCCUCGACACAUUUAGAGGGAUCAGCAUCGUCAUCAUGAUCUUCGUCAACUAUGGCGCUGGCAGUUACUGGUUCCUGGAGCACGCAACCUGGCAUGGACUCCAGCUGGCUGACCUUGUGUUCCCCUGGUUCAUGUGGAUUAUGGGCGUGUGCAUCCCAAUGGGCCUCUCAUCAGCUCUCCGUCGCAACACUCCACGUCACAAGAUUCUCCUCCGCAUCACCAAGCGUUCCCUCAAGCUGUUCUUCCUGGGCAUCAUUCUCAACUCCCUGGGCGGCUGGAACAACCUAGCCACCUACAGAGUCCCUGGCGUCCUGCAGCGUUUUGCCAUCUGCUACCUGGUCACUUCCUCUGUCGCCCUCGCCUUCACACCCGCCCAGCCUAAGCAGUACCAGACUGACAUCGGGAUUGCCCUGAGUGACAUCCUGCACCUCCUCCCUCAAUGGGGUGUUCACCUUGCCCUCCUUGCUGUCCACACACUCAUCACCUUCCUCCUGCCUGUGCCCGGGUGCCCUACGGGCUACCAGGGACCAGGGGGUGUGGCCUUGUUCCAGAAUGACACCCCUUCCCCUCACUGCAUUGGGGGUGCCGCAGGGGAGGUGGACCGCUGGCUGCUGACCACCAACCAUAUCUACCAGAAUCCGACCGCCAAGUUUGUGUACACCUCGGCUGCUUUUGACCCAGAGGGAGUGUUGGGCUCACUCACCUCCAUCUUCCAAGUGUUCCUGGGGCUGCAGGCUGGUGUCACCCUGCAGUUUCACAAGUCCCACAAGAGUCGGCUGGUGCGGUGGUUGAUAUGGGGCACAGCGCUGGGGGCCCUCGGUGCUGGCCUCUGUGGCGCCUCAAUGAACGAUGGUGUUAUUCCUGUCAACAAGAACUUAUGGUCAAUGUCUUAUGUGUUCGUGACAUCCUGCUUUGCCUUUUUCCUGCUGUCCUUCUGCUACGUGCUGGUGGACAUCAUUGGUGCCUGGUCUGGCACGCCCUUCUUCCAGGCCGGAAUGAACAGCAUCUUCUUGUACGUGGGGCACAACGUCACCUAUAACAUGUUCCCGUGGCACUACCAGGUGGGCCUCAUGAACACCCACCUCAGCCUGCUGGUGGAGACACUCUGGGGCACCACUCUCUGGGUCAUCACAGGCCUCUACCUCCACCACAAAGGGAAGUUCUACACUGUGUAAGCCUGGCAAACUUAUCCAGGAGAACUUUGUGUCUUGCAUCAAGGGGAACUAGUGAGAAUCUUUUCAGUUUUGGGUGCUGCGUGAUUUCGUUCUUCACUGUAACACGUAUUCAGUUAUCUGUGACUGGGCUGUACCCCUGCCACAAGGAAAAAUGCUACACUGUGUAAAUCUGGCAAACUUAACCAAAACUGUGUCACAAAUUGAAGGGAACUGGAGAGAAUGCUAUCAUAUUUUAGUCUUGUGUGUGGUGUCAUUCUUCAUUCCCAGAUAGACUCAAUAUCUGUGACUGACUUCACCAGGAGAACAUUGUCUUGCAUUGAGGUGAACUGUGCAACAAAUUGAGGUGAACUGGAGAGAAUGCUGUUAUAAUGAUUUGAGUCUUGUGUUGUGAUAAUCCUUCAUUCCCAGUUAGGUUGAGUUACAAGUGUCUGGGGCUGCACCUCCCCACACCUUCAUGAGAACACUGUCUUGCAUUGAGGUGAACUGGAGGUACUGCUGUCAUAAUUAUUUGAGUCUUGUCUGUUAUGAUAAUCCUUCAUUCCCUGGUAGGUUCAAUUAUCAGUGUCUGGGGCUGCUUCUCCCCACACCUUCAAGAGAACAGUGUCUUGCAUUGAGGUGAACUGGAGAGAAUGUUGAAUUUUAAGCCUUUCAGUCUACAGGUUGUCAUGGAACUUAGUGUCUUCAUAAUCUUUAAACAUAUCAGCAUCCUGUCUUGAAUACUUCCACCAGGCUGCAGUGGAAGUUGCAUUCCAACCCUACAUAGGUAAUAAUAUAGGUUCUUGUGGGUGUGUCUCCCACUGACAGAGUACAGUUUUGUUCAGCUAUUAAUGGAAUCAUGAAGACACCCCUAAAAACCCCAGUAACUUCCACCUUGCUUGUCAAAGAAGCCAAAUGCUUUUUAUAUUAGCACUACUCUUGUUGUUUUUACUUUUUAUUAAAGAUUUAGCUCUCUCAUUUACUGAUGUGAUGUAAUGAGUGCACCAGUGAUUUUAUAAAUGUGUAGAAAUACAA